AGAGCCCUAUGCUGCCACGGGCCGUCGUCGCUGCAUUUGCCGUCCGCCUAGCUUCUUCGGCUGGAGCCGCGGUGGACGCCGCACCCAUGUCAUCUUGUGUGUAUUAGAUAGGCGGGGUUAGAGGAGGAGGGGAGCGAGAGGGUGGAAAAAUAAUAACCCCGCCGCCUUCCUCUAUCACCCCAUUUAAAACAAAAUACGCGCUCACCGGUCACCUCAGAUCACGGCGAUUUUCACGAUAGAAGGAGCCUAGAAUACCUUGCCAUGAAUGGUGACUCUGGUGUAGGGGUGGUUACUUCCCCACCCCCAUCUACUGCUCCACACAAGGAGAAAUACUUCGACCGAGUUGAUGAAAACAAUCCUGACUACCUCAGAGAGCGGAAUAUGCCACCUGAUUUGCGACAGGAUUUCAACAUGAUGGAACAGCGGAAGAGGGUUUCCAUGAUUCUGCAGAGUCCGGCUUUCUGUGAAGAAUUGGAAUCAAUGAUUCAAGAGCAGCUGAAGAAAGGAAAGACUCCAACUAGUCUACUUGCAUUGCAACAGAUUGCUGACUUCAUGACAACAAAUGUGCCCAGUAUGUAUCCUGCUGCACCACAAGGAGGAAUGGCUGCAUUAAACAUGAGUCUAGGAAUGGUUACCCCAGUGAAUGAUCUCCGUGGAUCUGAAUCUGUUGCAUAUGAGAAAGGAGAGAAAUUGCUGCGAUGUAAGCUGGCUGCUUUCCACAGAUUAGCAGACCUCUUUGGAUGGUCACAGCUUAUCUAUAACCACAUAACAGUGCGAGUCAGCUCGGAGCAGGAACAUUUUCUCAUUGUCCCUUUUGGCCUUCUUUACAGUGAGGCCACAGCAUCAAGUUUGGUUAAAGUUAAUCUUCAAGGUGAUGUAAUUGAUCGUGGUUGUACCAAUUUGGGAAUAAACCAGGCUGGCUUUACUUUGCACUCUGCCAUCUAUGCAACUCGUCCAGACAUCCGCUGCAUCGUACACAUUCACACACCAGCUGGGGCUGCAGUGUCUGCAAUGAAGUGUGGCCUGCUACCAAUCUCCCCAGAAGCAUUGACCCUUGGAGAGAUAUCUUACCAUGAUUACCAUGGAAUCCUUGUGGAUGAAGGAGAAAAGAUACUAAUACAGAAAAAUUUGGGCCCCAAAAACAAGGUGCUUAUUCUGAGGAACCAUGGUCUCGUUGCCAUUGGAGAAACCAUUGAGGAAGCUUUCUAUUACAUUCACAACCUGGUUGUUGCCUGUGAAAUUCAGGUUCGUACAAUGGCUAGUGCUGGAGGCCCUGACAAUUUGGUUCUCUUGGAUCCUGUAAAGUACAAAGCCAAAUCUCGCUGUCCUGAGUCAUCAGGGGAUGAAAAUAGUUCACAUCCUAAAUGGCUGAUUGGGGAGCAAGAAUUUGAAGCCUUGAUGCGAAUGUUGGAUAAUCUGGGUUACAGGACUGGUUAUCCUUACCGUUGCCCAGCUCUGCGAGAAAAAAAUAAGAAUCGCAGUGACGUUGAGAUCCCACCCUCUGCCACAGGUUUUACCUUUCCAGAGGACAGUGACUCUAGCUCUCGCUCCCCUCUCAAGCAAAGUUCUCAGAAACAGCAGCGAGAGAAGACGAGAUGGCUGAAUGCAGGCAGCACAGGCAGAGUUGAUGAAGUGCCUGAAGAGUCUAGGAAUGGUGGCAGCCCCAAAUCGAAGACUAAGGUGUGGACGAACAUUACACACGAUCACGUGAAACCCUUGCUGCAGUCUCUCUCGUCCGGUGUCUGCGUGCCAAGCUGUAUUUCCAACUGCUUGUGGACAAAAGAUGGUGCUGGUCCAAUUCCCAAUCAGUUUGUGCCACUAAACACUGAUCCACGUGAGUUCAAAGAGAUGAGGAAUAAGAUUCGGGAACAAAAUUUGCAAGAUAUAAAAACAGCCGGGCCUCAGUCUCAGUUGUUAUGCGGUGUUGUGCUGGAUAGGUCUUUUACUCAGAAUUUAUCUAUAUGGGAGGAUGCACCACUUUCAGACUGUACGGAAUUUAUUGAUGGUCUCGAUCUCUCAGAGCAAGCCUUAAAUCGCACUAACCCUGUUAGAAAGGGAGAGCUAGUGACGGCAUCAAAGGCAAUCAUUGAAAAGGAAUACCAGCCACGAGUAAUUGUGAGCACUGCACCCAAUCCCUUUAAUAAGUUGACGGACCGUGAACUCGAUGAGUAUCGCAAAGAAGUUGAACGCAAGCAGAAGGGACCUGAAGUUGAGAAUGACGAGAUCUCGAAAGUUGGGUCCACUGGAAUGCAUCCUGAAGGCAAGCCAGAUAAUCAAGACAUCACAACUGAAGUACAAUCUUGCACCAACCAAGAAUGUUCCGUAGAGGCUGAGAGUCCAUGCAGUUACAGGCAGACCUCUGGACAGACACCACCUUCCAGUAUAGGCCACAUCUCCAAGCAGUUCAAGCCGGGAGACGAAGAUGCAAAAGAAUCUCUACACAGCCAGCUACACAGUGCCAUUGUCAAGGCACUUGGCACUUCUGGUGACCGUAUUCCUUCAUCUGACCCCUUGAGCAUUGGCCAGCAGGAGCUUCCAGAGCCCCAGACAGAGGAGGUGAAAGUCAACGACCAGCAGAGUCCUGCAGACCACACCCCCACCUGCACACCCCCCAGUACACCCACAAAAGUAGAUGAUGAAUCGCAAAUGGAACAGACACGCAAGGAUGACAGUGCUGCAACUUUCCAACAGUCUCCACCUGAACUCGCCCCUGAUGAGCCCUUGGAAACACCGACCGUCCAGACCCCUGCAAAAGAGGAGUCGGACAGCCCAAGCAAAGACCUGAGUAGGAAGCUUGAGGAGCUGACUACCACUGAGCAGCAGGAGGAGCCCUCCUCGCCCCCUCCUGAGCAGGUGCCUUCAUCACCCGUUGAGGAGGUGGCUGACGCGGCCAGCGACGAGUCUCCCAGCAAGUCACCCUCAAAGAAGAAGAAAAAGUUCCGCACCCCUUCCUUCUUGAAAAAGAAUAAGAAGAAAAGUGAAUCCUAAAGAACCCCCCCCCCCACCCUUUUUUUUAAGCAGGAAAGGCAUAAUGCCCUUGAUUCUAAUUCAUUUCUAGAAUGUACAAGGUUGUAUUGUCUAGUGUUAUAUUUUAAACAAAAACAUCCAUGUAACGGAAUGCAAUGAAAUGUCUAGUAUAGCUCAAAUGAUCUCGAAAGUAACAGGACAUCUUUUGACACAAAACAGAGGUGCUAACCUUUUCAGUACAGUAGGUGCAAGCCUUCAAGUGUUUAAUCUCAGCAUGGUUUACCACUUCGAGAUAGAGUUAGAACAAUGAAACCAGAAGAAACCUUUAUAAUGAGAUUAUGUCGUAAUGAUGAAUUAAUUGCUUUGUUGUAAUAUGCAGCUGUUAUAGUGGAGAUAUACAUUUUAACAUGUGUAUGAGAGACAUCCUGCGCAUGACUCUUUAAUACCAGCCAAUUGUGAUGCUGCACACCUUUUUAGCCAGCAAUGUUUAAAGGAAGAUUACUACAUGUAGAUGGCACAGAUUAUGAGUUGCUUACUUCAGAAAAUGAGAAAUGAUCUGGGUUUUGCCGAAUCAUGAAUACUGUUAUUUUUUCCCCUUCUACACCCCUUAAGGAAACUUACUGCUAUUGCCUGUUGCGAAUAGUUUCCUUUGGGUGCUUUGACCAAUGGUCCUGCCAUGUAACCCUCUGCCACUUGUUCAAGAGCAUAACGAAGUUAUUGAGUCUGGUGACUCGUUUCCCAACAUUUUGUCACUGCAUCAUUUGUCUGAUACUCUUCUGUUUGUGAAAUACUGCUUAGAUUAAAGUGAAGGAAAAGUUGUGGUUCUAUACAGGAUGAAACAAGUUGCUUGUAUUUAUACAGUGCUUUAUCACAUUCAUGAACCCUCCUUAUUUUGCAGUUCAGUGAUUGUACAGUCAAAUGUGUCAUUUAAAAUAUGUCUUGAGUAGAAAUUCAAGAGCCCUUUCCAGUGGGCAGUGCUGUUUGGAACUUAUCAUCUCUUCUCAUCCCAUCUCCAGCAUUCUUUGAUGUACAACCCUCCACCACAUCCUCAUUCACAAUGACUUGAUCAGGAGGUGGAGCAAGUUUCUGCUGAACUCAGCCCCUCCCUUCUGCUCCCACAGCAGAAUAUUAUGGUACCCCAUGCUGACCAAAGUUCUUCUUUCACUGCCCCCCCCCAACCUGGAUUCUAAUUAACCAAGUCACCUUCGUAAAUAGACAGAUUCCUUUACAUUGUUUAUUUUAAACGGGAUUGAUGGAAAUUCUACCAGUGCAACAUAACACUGCACUAAAACUGAUAGUUUACUUUGAACUUCGAACCCUUCUCAUUACAGGCAGCAUUGCUCGCCGCCCCUAGUGGAAAUUCUUCCAUUCCCGUAGGAGGUCUGGGUUGUUGUAUGGUAUUACAUUUGCAACAAACUUGGAACAGUGAUGAAACCAUCGCUGUGCUGAUGUACAGCUGCAGCAUUCCCCACUCUCAGUAAGUCUGCAGGUGGGUUGAGGUGGGGCCGUGGUGGAAAUGGCCGCAAAAGUAUAAUGCAGGAGUACAAUUUGCGUACAGGUGUGUAAUGAGGACUGCAUGGCAUCACUGGCUUUACGCUUGUAUUUUACCCUUGUAUAACUUCUGUACUCUAAACAAUUUUAAGUUUUCUGUUAAUUUGUUAGAAUUGCCAGACUUAACAAUGUCACCUAUGUUUAGAUUCUCAUUUGUUAAUUAUCCUCUAUUGAUUUUUAUCCUACGUUUUCAAUUCUUUGUAUGAAAACAAAGAAUUCUAAGUAAAAAAAUAUUACUUAUGAAAAGAAUCAUAUCUAAUUUUUUUUAAGUUUCAUUGUAACAUUUUUUUGAAGUUACUUAAAUAAAAUCCUUUCUUUAA